AAUGAAAUACUGAUGCAUAAUACUUCAGCAAGAAUUAUUCAAUCGAAUCAAAGUUUAGUUCUGCAGAGUGUAACGCGAAACAGUGCUGGUUAUUAUGCUUGUGCGGCAACAAAUUCAAUACGAGAAACAAGGAGUGAACCUCUGCUCUUUCGGGUUAAAUUCGCGCCGAUUUGCAAAGAAGAUCAAAUAAUUGUUGUUGGAGCAUCACGAGGUGAAUCCUUAAAUAUUAGUUGCAAAGUGGAGGCAGACCCCCCAGUACGCAACUUUCGAUGGAAAUUCAAUAACAGUGGGGCAACUCUUGAAGUAUCGCCGAAACAAUUUACGAUACCAAUGCAUGGCGACGCUGAUGGUGUAAGCAUACUAAAGUACACGCCAGUUACAGACGUCGACUACGGUACGCUCUCAUGUUGGGCGGAUAAUGAAGUCGGUACACAAGCCAGACCUUGUCUCUUCCAAAUUGUGACCGCAGGCAAGCCAUCUCCAGUACGAAAUUGCACUCUAGCCAAUCAAACGUAUACAAGCGUUGAAGUUAAGUGCAUUGCCGGAUAUGAUGGUGGUUUGCCUCAGAGAUUCGUUCUCGAGGUAUACCACGGUAACAUUGAUUCGUUGCCAGACAGCAAACCACAAUACAACGUUUCUUCAAGCGACGAGCCAAUUUUUUCACUCUCCAGUCUAGAUGUUCCAGUUGAUGCUGGAGUACAUGUUGCUGUUUAUGCUGUCAAUGCCAAGGGUCGCAGUCAGGCGGUUGUUCUUAGUGAAGUUACCUUUCGUGACGCCGAAAAACGUACGGGUAAGCCAUAUUACUAUUUUAUUGAACUAGAUUGA